AACUAUUAUGUCAUAGAAUAUAAAAUGUCGUCAGCUCAGGAUCCAUUUUACAUUGUUAAGGAAGAGAUUCAAGAAUCUAUUGAUAAUUUGCUGUCUACUUUUCAACAAUGGGAGCGUAUCCCAGCGGCAAGUCAAGAGCAACAGAGUUUGACAAAGGAACUACUUGCUAACUGUGACAGCAUUGAGUGGCAGGUGGAUGAAUUGGACAAAGCAAUUGCUGUGGCUGCUAGGGAUCCUGCUUGGUACAAGAUUGAUGAAGUUGAGCUUGACAAGAGGAAGAGAUGGACAAGCACUGCUUGGAUGCAGGUUGGAAAUGUUAAAAAAGCAGUAGGUGCUGGAAGGGAAUUUUAUGGUGCUAGCAGUGCUGACAUUAAUGGAAUGCACCGCGAACUCAUGAGGCUACCAGAUUCUCAUCAAUCUGAAAAACCCAAGCAAUAUGCUCAUCAGGACAAUGAUGAUUUCAUAGCAUCAGAAUCAGACAGACAAAUGCUUCUUAUAAAGCAACAAGAUGAGGAGCUAGAUGAGCUUAGUGCAAGCGUGGAGAGAAUUGGAGGCGUUGGGCUUACUAUACAUGAAGAGCUCCUUGCACAAGAGAAGAUUAUAGAUGAAUUGGGUAUGGAAAUGGACAGUACAUCCAAUCGUCUCGAUUUUGUUCAGAAAAAGGUGGCCAUGGUCAUGAAGAAGGCUGGAGCUAAGGGACAGAUCAUGAUGAUAUUGUUCUUGGUUGUUUUGUUCAUUGUUCUAUUUGUUCUGGUCUUUCUUACCUAG